AUGAAGCAGGUUUUAAACCGUGUUCUUUCUAUCUUAUUUACACUAUGUUAUGUGCUUGAUGGAAGCCAUUUUCGUGGUGGUAUCAUUUCAUGGCAUCCGUUGAAUAAUACAUUAACGGGUAGUACUACACAAAUUCUUUUACAUCAAAGAUAUUUUUGGUUCAGAAUGUAUGCCAAUUUUUAUGGAUAUUUAUGCUCGGAACAGGAUGUUGUUCUUGGAACACUUAUUAAUAUUAUACCCGCUGCUACUUUGAUGUGUUUAAAAAACUGCACAAGUUCUACCUAUCCUUCAAGUGGAGUUACAGUCAACAUGAUAACUUCAGAUUGUGAUGCAAACCCGAUCAUUGAAUCAUGGGGUGGUGAACUCUACACUACUUUGACACUACCUAUGACAACAUCAAUUACAAUUGGCUAUUCCUCAAGUGCAUGGCUGACUACACUCUAUAUAGCUCCGAGACCUGAUGGUUAUAUCAAUUCUAGUCCUGUCACAACUACAUUACCGGUAGUAAUGUACCAAAGAGCUAUACCAGUAGUUCAUAUUGUACAAAUGGCAGAUAAUGAUGCUACUGAUGUAUUGCAAUGUCGUUGGUCCAAUAAUCAGACAACGACGAAUUACAACCAAGUUAGUGAAUGUGGAGAUGUCUGUAAGGCAAUGCCCAAUCCAACUGGGCUCACCGGAUCCAAUUGUACGUCGACUUUCACUCUUCCAGUUGCUAAUAAAUAUUAUGCUUGUGCACUGCAAAUCGAAGAUUAUUAUGACGCUAGCCACUUGCUUCCAAUGAGUUCAGUUCCAAUACAAUUCUUAUUCUAUGCAUACAGUAUUUCCGCUGGUGCAUGUGCAACUGCUCCUUCAAUUAUUGGUGUCCGUCCAAAUAGAGCUUGCAUUGGAGUUCCAAUUAGUGUUCAGCUCAAUGAAACCGUAGAAAUACAAACAUAUUGUCCUGGUCAGACAAUUAUUGAUUUGGUCACUAGUUCACCUUAUGGAAUGCUACAUAGUAAUAUUAGCAAUCCAAGUCCUGGUUUAUGGAUAAUGACAUUAACAUGGACACCCGUAUCAUAUCAAUUAGGUCCUCAAGGUUUUUGUGCUGGUGCAAUUGACAAUAGUAGUCUACAAUCAGCUCCAUGGUGUAUCACAUAUCUCGUUGGCUAUGACUCACCAAAUUUAAUUCGUCCUACAUUGGUACAAGGAUCAGCAAGUCCAAUAGCAACAAGUGCAGUUGGUCGUCCUACUCUCAAUAAUACGAACAUCUGCUUCCACUAUGACACUACAAAUGCAACAGUUUUCUGUUAUGAUGCUGGAUAUUCUCCAAAUGUUAUUUAUACUGGAUAUACUAUUGUAAUUGUUACAACUAUAACAUGGACACCUGGUCAAUCCUAUUAUGUAACAUUGGGUGAUGGAUUUGCUAGUGGAAGUGUUUUUUGUCAUGCUGAAUCGUUAGCCAUUACUGAUAAAACAUUUUGGCGAUUCGAUAUCUGGAAUCCAGCACUUUCAAGUACAACCACAACAACUACUACUCCACCAACAACUCAUACAGUUACAAGCUUAGGAACAACCACUACUUCAAUCAAUACUGCAUGUACAACAAGUGGAAUAGUAGUAACUAGCACGAAUGCUUCUACAACUACAUCAACUGUCACUACUACACCUCCAACUACAGUUGGUCCAACAACAGCAGGUCCAACCACCACAGGUGUAACUACUGAAUCGACUAUUCCUGUUUUUUAUCCACUAGAUUUCGAAAAUGCAUGUAAACAACCCGUUGCAAUUAUGUCAGCUGUUCUCAUGGUUGCUUUUAUGCCUGUACACGCUCUGGCAAUGUAUGCUGCUUUUACAAAAUUCUCGAAUACGUUCAAACCAUCAAACACCGCUGCAAAAACAAGACAUCAACGACGAAUGAAAAAUAUUCUUCGACGUUAA